UAUGUAAUAUUUAAUCUUAAGCUUAUUUACCACCAAAACUAUAAUUCAAUAUAUUUUAUGGUAAAACUUUUGAAGAUUAAAGCUAAGGUUUUAAUUGUUUGAUAUAUUUUUAUUUGUUAUCAACGGCCCCUGGAAGCCAUUAAAGAUAUUACGAUAAUCAAAUAUUGUGUUCAUAUUAAAGUUUGAUAUUAAAUUCGUUCUACCCCACCAAAAAUCUAAAAACAGACUUGCUUUUGAAAAUAUGCAGAAUAUGGCUUGGGAAAUGAAGUAUCUACAAGUGGUGAUGUUUAUAGUUUUGGGAUUCUUUUACUAGAAUUAUUUACAGGGAAAAGGCCAACCAAUGAGAUGUUCAAAGGGGACUUAAGUCUUCAUUGCUUUGUGAAAGAAGCUUUGGGUGAUCAAAUAACCACAAUUCUAGAUCAUGCUGUUCUUCAAGACAUUGAAAGCCAGGAAGAAGAUUGCAAUUUGAAACUAGAGGCCAUAAAUUGUAUACUUGAAAUUGCACUUUCUUGCUCAAAUGAUGUACCACAACAAAGGUUGGACAUGACUUAUGUUGCUACAAAGCUAUCUUCAAUUAGGAAAAACUUUAUUGGAGCUUGUUCACAACAAAGAAGACAAUCCAACCAAGGAAACAAUAGGGAUGCAUUUUAAGUCAAGUUGAUCUGCCUCUAAACUCAAAAUAAGCAGGAGUUAUUUGCUUUCAUGAUUUCUUCCAAAAGAAUUAUAUAUUUUUCUUUUCCUUUUAGUAUUAGACUUCUUGUAAUAACAUGAUAUCAUUUCCAUUUU